AUGGCCUCGGAACACCAGGCCCCGCGCUUCUGCGCCGACUGCUUCAGGGGCACCCUGCGCGGCGACGUCGAGCCCCAGGGCACCGAGGAGACGCUCCACGGCCUUUCGACUUACGUCGCGCGCCCCGAGCCGGGCCGCGAGCCCGCCGGCGUCGUCGUCAUCAUCCCGGACGCCUGCGGCUGGAAGCUGCGCAAUACGCGCGCGCUGGCCGACGCGUACGCCAGAAGGAUCCCUGCGGUCGUCCUACUCCCCGAUUUCAUGAACGGGUACGGCCUGCCCGACUCCGUGCUGGUCGUCGGUGACAGGGUGCUGGGCGAGAAGUCGUGGUUCUGGAAAUACCUCAUCUACGGGCCCGUCGCCGUGGCCACGAUGGUGCGGCACUUCGUUCCCCUCCUCAUCGCGACCCGCGCCGGCGUCAUCGUCCCGCGCAUCGGCAACUUCUUCCGCGCCCUCCGACUCGCGCCGCCUGAGCCCUUACCCCGGCCGUCGACCUCCUCGGCUUCUGUCGUCGACGAUGGCGCCGCGACGGCGCAAAAGGCGGCGCGCAUCGGCGUCGCGGGCUUCUGCUGGGGCGGUAAGUACGCCGUGCAGCUGGCGCAGCUCGGCGCCGGACCGUUCGGCGACGCGCCGCUGAUCGACUGCGGGUACACGGCGCACCCGAGCUUCCUGAGCCUGCCGGGGGACCUGGAGAAGGUCGCGCGGCCGCUGAGCGUGGCGAACGGGGACGACGACAUGAUGAUGCCUCGGGCCAGGAUGGCGCAGGCCAAGACGGUGUUGGGGCGGAAGGAGACCUGCGAGAUCGUCGAGUACCCGGGCGCGAAGCACGGGUUUGCCGUGAGAGGGGACCCCAACGACCAGAGCCAGGCGGAUCUGGGGAGGCGGGCGGAGGACCAGGCCGUGGGCUGGUUCCGGCGAUGGUUCGGGCAAGGGGCGGAAGAGUGA